CAGACAGCAUUCCAGACUCACCGGCUUGAACUGAUAACACCGAUUCUAUAGAAAUAGACCAGAUAAGAACGACAAGAAGUAGCAAACUAAUUUAAAAGGAAAAGUUUCGUUAGGAAGUUUAGAAUUAAGAGCUCAUGAGAUACAUCUGAAGGCAUUUACACGACUACAUCCAACUUGGAGAAGUUGUAUUUAUUUAUUCACUUAUUUAUUGUGAAUUUUAUUGACAAGUGUAAUUCUGAGGAAAACCGAGGACACCAGACGACGUUUCAGUUGAGGUAACGCGCGUCGAGACGUCAUCGAAAAAUUUGACAAGACACGAUGGAGGGAGAAAAGCAACUGACCUUGCCAUUGAUUUUGGCCGUGGGGACGGCUGUGAUUGGCUCUCUCCAGUUCGGCUACAACACAGGUGUCAUCAAUGCCCCACAAAAGGUCAUUGAGGCAUUCUACAAUGAGACAUGGUAUAAACGAUAUGACGAGCCCAUCCAUAAAACAACCAUGACCACCCUGUGGUCUCUGUCGGUGGCCAUCUUCUCUGUGGGCGGCAUCAUUGGCUCUUUCUCUGUCGGGCUGUUUGUCAACCGCUAUGGAAGGAGAAACUCUAUGCUCAUGGCUAAUAUCCUAGCUUUCAUUGCUGCAGCUCUGAUGGGUUUCUCUAAGAUGGCCGCAUCUUGGGAGAUGUUGAUUAUUGGUCGGUUCGUGGUGGGCCUUUACUCUGGUCUGUCCACUGGCUUUGUGCCCAUGUACGUGGGUGAGGUGGCUCCCACAGCCCUCAGAGGAGCCCUGGGCACCCUUCAUCAGCUGGGCAUUGUUAUUGGCAUCCUCAUGGCACAGAUUUUUGGCAUGGAUGUUAUCAUGGGUAACGCCACCCUGUGGCCAUUCCUCCUGGGCUUUACCUUCAUCCCAGCCCUGGUGCAGUGCUGUUUACUGCCCAUUUGCCCUGAGAGCCCUCGAUUCCUCCUCAUCAUCCGCAACGAAGAAAACAAAGCCAAAACAGUGCUAAAGAAGCUGCGUGGAAUGACAGAUGUAAGUGCAGACAUGCAGGAGAUGAAAGAGGAGAGCAGACAGAUGAUGAGGGAGAAAAAAGUGACCAUCCCUGAACUGUUCCGCUCUCCACUCUACAGACAGCCCAUCCUUAUUGCCAUCAUGCUCCAACUGUCCCAGCAGCUGUCUGGAAUCAAUGCAGUGUUCUACUACUCUACGAGGAUCUUUGAGAGAGCAGGAGUGGAGCAGCCGGUCUAUGCUACUAUCGGAGCAGGAGUCGUCAACACCGCUUUCACUGUAGUGUCGCUGUUUGUGGUCGAGAGAGCCGGCCGCAGGUCUCUGCACCUUUUGGGACUGCUAGGAAUGGCUGGAUCAGCUGUAUUGAUGACCAUCGCUCUCGCCCUGCUGGAACAGAUGAAGUGGAUGUCCUACAUGAGCAUUGUGGCCAUCUUUGCAUUUGUGGCAUUCUUUGAGAUCGGACCGGGCCCCAUCCCAUGGUUCAUCGUGGCUGAAUUGUUCAGUCAGGGCCCGAGACCCUCAGCUUUUGCUGUUGCUGGAUUCUCCAACUGGACAGCCAACUUCAUUGUGGGCAUGUGCUUCCAGUAUGUGGAGGAGCUCUGUGGGCCGUAUGUGUUUGUCAUCUUCACUGUGCUGUUACUUUGCUUCUUCGUUUUCACCUACUUCAAAGUUCCAGAGACCAAGGGUCGGACGUUCGACGAAAUCUCUGCUGGUUUUCGCCAGGCAGCGUCAGGUGCAGAGAAACACACAGCCGAAGAGCUCAACAGUCUGGGCGCAGACUCUCAACUUUAAAGUUCUUCUUUGACUCCGCCUCCUCCUGUUCACAAUUCAGCACGUAACUACUGAGGAGAGGGGCUCACUGAGCUGUCAAAUAUUUUCCCCCUCUCACGGCUGCACUCACCUCUUUUCAACCCUUGUGGCUUCAUAAACAAUGCUGAAUGCGGGAAAUGGGGCUUGAAAGGCAGGGAGCAAGAGUAUUUAUCAUAUUCCUUUUAUCAGGAAGAUGAUAAUUUAAUGUUUGAGGUGCCAUAUUUGCAUUUGAAAUGUGUUAUUUUAAAAACCUUUCUUAACUGUUACUUCUGCUCUUCUACGGAAGAGUUAAAGGGAUAGUUCACUUAAAAAUAAAAAAUUCGGAGAUCAUUUACUUACCCUCAUGAAACACAAACAGAGAUGUUAGGCAGAAUAAAUCACCAUUCACUUUCAUUGGAUGAGAAAUAGCAGCAUCAACAUUCUUCCAAAUGUAUCCUAUAUGGAACAAAAUGAGGGUGAGGAAAUUAUGACAGAAUUUGAAUCGUUUUAGAUGACCUGACCCUUUAAAGACGACUGAGAUGUAACCUGGCCAUACCCAACAUUGAUGUUGUAAAUCUACAGUGUCUCUCAAGGCCUAACAGGACUGCUGUUGUGAAUGGCAACUGACAAUUCAAUACUGUAUUUCAAGGUAACUUUAUCUCACUGUCGUCAACCAUCAUAAAUCAGAUGAUGACAAGUUGGACAUCAUUAUCUUGGCAUUGGUCAUCAAUUCAAUGCAUGCAUAUCUAGAUCAACUUCAGGUCAACUGGGCUCAAUAUACCUGAAUUUAGCCUGUAUGAUGUCACCAGCUAAGCAAUACAACAUAUGUAUGUUUUAUUUUAAACUCUUCUGCAUGGAUAGCAUUUUUAAAAAUAUAUAUAUUUAACACAUUACAGGGUCAUUUCUUCCUAUAAAUGUAAUCUGUUUUUGAAAACAUAUAUUUUUUAUCUGAUAAAUCACAACUUUUAAAUGUAUUUAUAUUUUGUAACAAAUUCAGUUGCUGUCUCCACAAAUACAAAUCCUUAGAAUUACUCCACAAUGAUCUGUUUGGUGACAAACAAAUCAUUUCUUUACUAAAUAUUCAGGGUUAAAAACAACUUAAGCUCUAUUUAUAUGAUCAGUGGCAGAGAAAAAUGCGGUGACAGUUUCGCGCUUACAAUGAAGUGUUCCAGCUAGAUUUCUGUCAGUGCAUAUUAUGUUUGCUGUUUUAAACUGUGGCACGAGUCAAAAAUGUUUUCUGAUAGAAUCGACAGCAACUGUGGCAGUAAAUUGCAUUUAAUCCAGAACAUCAUUUUGACAAAUCUGGUUGUAAGUUUGAUUACGUUACUUAGAGAAAUGUCACAUUUACCCUUUAAUAAGUUCACUGAAAGUAUUAGCGUCAGUACUGGUUCAAGUUUCAGUCAUAAAACGCAGCAUAUACUCCCAGACUCACUUCAAUAACUCUCGUAUCUCUUACUCAUUACGUUUCAGGCCAGCCUUACUGCAAUUAUUUAGCCAGUUCAGUUCAGUUUGUAGUUUGAAAACAUGCCUUUUGCACAGUUGGCGGAUGAAUCACUCGCUGAGUGAAGAAUUGUGUGGUUGGGAAACACUUUCAAAAGUAAAGCGACCAAAAUCCACCGAGACUCCCAUGCUGUUAAACUGUACUUUAAACUGUAAACUGCUGUUAAACUGUUGAACAGUUUAGAGUUGGUUCCUGUUUUUAUACAUCGUAGUUUUAUACACCAUAGAAUAUGCCAGGCUAUUUUUUAGGUUUUCAUACUUUUCUUAUAGAGUUGCAGUUUGAAGUGUAUAUUUUUUAUGCUAUUGUAUGGAAAGCCAAUGUUUUAAGCCUUAAUGUCCACCCCUAAAAACAGUUUUUUUCUUAUUUGAAAUAAUUAUGUUUAUCUUUGUUUUUCAGACUUUUCUUAUAUAAUUGCAAGGUUUAAGUUCAAGUUUCAAGCAUUUUUUAUUUUUUUAGCAAAUCCUUCUGGUUACCCCUAAUAAUUCACCCAUAAGUAUUUAUAAUUUUUUGGCAUAUCAAAUUCAUGCAAGUUAGGUUCUGUUUGCUUGUGGUAUUUGGCUAAUUUGACAGAAAAAUUUAAUUUUAUUUAAUAAAAUUCUCUUGUUUUAACACCCUCAUCCUAUGUAAAUAUUUCCCAUCACAGCACUCCAUAUGGGAGCAUGUCUUGUGUUUGUUUGAAAAGUUUUGUACACAUUAGAAAGACAUGGGCUCAUGUGAAAUGGUCAUGCCUUUUGUAGAUCAAUUGCAUAUGACAACUGUACUCAAAAUGAACAUACUCAUGCACAAUGAUAUUCACUGAAAUAACUCAUGUGUGUUAUGAAAUCAAAGAAGCAAACACACUCACCGUUAGCCUAUGGAGAGUUUGGUAAUUGAGUUGCAGCAGUAAGUGUAAAUAGUGAAUGAAUGUAAAAUAGAAUUGCUGACUUUUAUGUAUCAUACAUGUAGUUUAACAGUGUGCUUAUUUGAGAUGCACAUGUAACAUCUUCCUGUUUUUAUAAUGUAGUUUAUACAGCACUUCCCUUUCUUUGAUGCACUAUUACGGUAGCCAAUACUGUAAGACAAUGUCAACAUCUUACCAACUUUUGUGUUUAACAUACUGUAUUUAUAAGAUUACCUAAUUUAUUUAGUUUUUAUGCUUUCAGUUUUACUACUGUUUCUUGAAAUAAAAUUGCUAGAAAAAUAAUACUGUAUUUGUG